GACUUGCUGUCUUGAAGGCCAAAUAACUUUCUGGGCAAUUCUAUUGAAAAUUCGAAAAAAAUCAAGUUUUUUUAUUUUAAAUGAUUCAGGGUUCAAUUUCUUUGAAUUUCUUUGUGGUUGUCUCAGUUCUUCAAAAUUACGACUCCCCUUUGAUAUUCAACCCCUUUUUCUCACCCCACUCUAUGGUCAAAUUGUAGAAAAUCAGCUGAUUCCUAACACCUGAAAUUUAGACAUCACUCGCUGCUUCCCAAGGCAUCAUUUUGAUCCUUGGAGAUUGCCUAAAAUGCCUAUUAUGAAUUUGCCUACAUUCUCAUGCCUACAGUACGAGGAAGAGGCUCAAAUGUCGUUGGGUGUGUUUGAGCAACAUCAACCAAUCACGGGAUGGUUGAUUUCUGCUGGUCCAAUCAGAUGAAGAGUUUCCAUAACAACAAGCUACUUUCAGCCUGUGUAACGAUAUUCUAACUGUGUGUAUGAACAUAAGUGUGAGCAACUUCGAUUAGAAAACCGUUAUUUCACACGUCAAAAGUGAUCUGAAUCUCGUGAAAAGAAGUUAGUUUUAUUCGCCAAUAUGUCGUCCGAGGAUCAAUCCAAUCUAAAAAGGAAAUUUUCGAGUAAAAGAAGAAGUAAGAAGAAGUUUAGAGGAGUUAGGCCAAGCGAGAUCGUUUGCCAGGAAAGUGAAGAGCAAGUGGAGCUGCAACUAGCUGCUGAAAAUGUCCAGUCUACUAAGGACAUCCAAGACGAUGUGCAAGGUGCUAGUGCACGGAAGUUUUCUGCCCAAAUUGAGCCCAACUUUCAAUCUGAGCGCGUUCGUAUCAUAAAUAUGGAAUUUCUGCAGUCACUUCUGGAUAUCACUGCAGUUUGCCAGAAAUGUAAAUACGGCAAGCUUGAAGUGAAGGAAGAAACAGAAAAGAAAAUGGGACUAGCAUCAUUGAUUGUUGCAAAGUGUCAGCAAUGUUUGAAGAGGGUAGAAAUGUACACCUCUCCCAACUGCAAAAAUUCAAAGGGGUUUGAAAUAAACCGUAAAGCUGUACUUGGUGCAAUGGGAAUUGGGGGUGGAGAGACAUCUCUUUUGAAGCUUUGUGCUUAUUUGAACAUUCCCUCCCCAAUGUCGCAUGACACAUACAGCUCAACUAUGAAAAGCAUACAAGGUUGUCUGAAAAAAAGGUAGCAAAAGAAUGAGAGGUGCUGCCAAAGAGGAGAAAGACCAGGAGACCAACCACACCGAGUGUGAUGUGAUGCUUGAUGGUACCUGGCGAAAAAGAGGUUUUUCCUCUCUGCAAGGUGCGGUUACUGCCAUCUCAGCAAAGACAGGAAAGUGUCUUGAUUUUGAGACACUAAACAAAGUGUGUCAUGGAUGUUCAACCUGGAAGUCCAAGCCAGAUUGUCCAGAGAAAGAGAAAUGGUUGGCCGAGCACAACUGUGCAACAAAUUAUCAUGGCUCAGCUCCAGCUAUGGAGCCAGAGGGAGUGAAAAGAAUCUUCCUCCGAUCAGAAGAACUUCACCAGUUGCAGUAUACUGGAUACAUUGGAGAUGGUGACUCCAAAGCAUACAACAAUGUAUCCAGCUUAAAGCCAUAUGGUGAGAAAACAAUCAAAAAGUGGACAUGUGCAAAAACGCCUUGGAACUGCACUUUGUAAAGUGAAAACAAAGGAUGCUGGACAAAAAUUGAGUGAUGGUAAAUCAAUAGGGGGCUAUGGUAGGCUAACAGCUGAUAGAAUUGACAGACUGCAAACCUACUAUGGCCUUGCUAUCCGCCGUCACAAGAAUGAUUUGGAGGGAAUGAAAAAAGAAGUUUGGGCAGGACUUUAUCAUUCUGCUUCAACAAAUGAUGAGCCCCAGCACCAAUAUUGCCCUGAAGGGCCAGAGACAUGACAGCUCUCAAGUCUGAAUCUUACCAUCAUUCAAAGCCUCUACCCAAAGCAGUGAUGGAAGUUUUGAAGCCAAUUUAUGAACGGCGUUCUAAAGAUUCAGUACUUGAAAGUUGCCUUUGAGGUUACACCCAGAACAGCUAGAAGACAUUGAAUCACUUGAUUUGGGCUAGAUGUGCAAAGACUAUGGCCUCUGGAAAAGUCCAUCUUGACUGUGCUGCUGCUGCUGCUGCUGUAAUUGUAUUCAAUAGUGGAAAAAUGGCCAUGUGUAGUGUCCUUGAAGAGCUUGGAAUUGAACCUGGACGCCAUAGUGGCCAUAUAUUGAAAAAGCUUGACAGAAAAAGAAUAAAAGAGAGCAAUGCCAGUGCAACAGAACAAAAAAAUCAGAAAAACUAGAAGGACCCAUGCAAAAGCUGCAGAUGACAGAAUGCAGCAAACUGAAGGACUAACUUAUGCAUCUGGAAGUUUUUAAUUCAUCUUGUCAUUAUAUUUCUCGAAAAUUGACAUGACCAACUUUUUAAUUGCGUUUUUCUCGAAUGUUAUUUUUAUGCUUAUGUUCAAUUUUGUGACACGUGUUUUAUGCUGAUCAUAAGAGGAAUAUAUAUGAACAUUGGCUGACAUGCACUAUUUUUCAUGCUCUACACAAUGAUAGAGAGAUAAAUCACAUUGAUUUAGUCUGGAAAAAUCCUUGAUACCCUGAUCAUGGAUUUGUCAAUUUUGCGAUGCACUGAUUACACCAAUUUUUUACAACAUUUGAAAAAAAUAUAUCUAUAGUUGUGAAAAGAAAUGUUUUCAGAUACUUAAUCUAAAUUAUCAGACAUGUGCUAGGAGCUGUAUGGUUACAAUUUGUGUCAGUACUUUAACACAAAUUUCGUGAUGUCACACAUCAGGUAUUCUAUUGUUUUUGAAAUUUUUGAUAUAAAUUUGAUUUUUUGUACCAAUAUUACUUUUUGACCAAAACAUGUGAAGUUCAGGCUACCCCAACUGUGAAUUCCAGCCCAACCCAGAAAGUGCCCUUAAAACACUAAGUUCUCUUGAGAGCAGUUUGAUCCAUGUGAUAAAUAUCUGUGAGACUUUGCCUGUGGAAACCUUGAACCGAAAGGCUAAAUCUGCCUGCAUCAAAUCAAGUCUUAAAUUUCAUCAAAACAAGUAGAAAUCCUUGGUCCAGGUUUUGAAUAAUUUAAUAAUAGUUGAUUCAUAUCUGUUGAGGACAGGAUACUUUCCAAUCUUGUAGCACAGGAACUGUUGCCUAAUGUUUUCUUUCUUCCAUCCCAGUAAGUCAUUGUUGAAGCCUUGGAAUAAAGGUACUCAAAAAUGGUCUUGAAAAUUCUUGAACUUCUGAAUCCAGUAAAAAACCUGACAUCAUGCUCGCGUGUCAAUUGUUCAAAUGUCAUUGAUGGUGAAUCUGUAAUCAUUUUCGCCCUUGCUCUUCUUAUUAUCAAUUUGUUGAUAAACAGUCUUCUCUUUCUAGGUGACUGCUUCUGCUUUUCUGAGGCAGAUGGGUAUAGAACUGGCAAAGGAUUUUGGGUUGUGGGUUUACCAUCAACAAAGUGGUUAGAGCAUACAUACGUCCAAGGACCAGGAUUAAAAUCUGCUCUGCCUUUGCUAAUAAGAGAUAUCCACUGUUUCCAUUUUCCUGGGUCUUCUGUGAAGCGAUGCCACCUUAGCUUUUCAACAUGAUUCCUUUUCACCAACUUAUCGGGGUACCUCGUGUCAUUGUCACAUGAGCCAACACAGCACCUGUCAUUCUUCCCCAUGUUUGUAUCGAAACAAAAUAGAAUAGUAAGAAUUUAUACAAAAAGACCACUCAACGUAUGACUGAAACGAAAAAAAGUAACGACCAAGUGAAUUCGAAGGUGAAGAGAAAGUAAAUGAAAGGUAAAGUAUCGUACUGAAUUGCCUACGCCCAAACAAAUGGAUGAAACUCUUCUUGAUCUUAUCUCCAAAAACAGAUGAAAACUGCCAAAAAGACAACAAAAUUAGGAAUAACAACAAUAAAUAGCGUAUAAGUUUUGCCAGUAUUAAAUCCUUGGCGCAAUUUAAUAUCUAAAACGACCUAAUUUAGAAGGUUCUCUAAUCACACUAUCUGUUUUCGUGGUUGGCCAUUAACUAAUUGCGGAGGAGCCACCCAGGGUUUGCCCCACUUGGAAUAUGGCGUCGCGAUCUCCGAAAUGGUGUAUUAAAGAUGUGUCAAGCUAUUAUUAACUAAUCAAAAAUGGAAAGAAUGGUACAGUUAUUAAAAUGUCAAGUAUACCUUCCAUAUUUCAAACAAAUGAAACACAUCUACACAACUGUGUAUCUUUGUGGCACAAGUCAGCCAAAUGUAGAAACUUAGCCCGCAAUCGUUGCAGCGACAAACUGCUCCCUGCCGCUUCCCUGUUGUUUUGAAGCAAUUUCGGCAUACUGCAUUUUUCGGUAAAAUAAAUGAUUCUAUAAAUUUCGAACGUAAUUCUGCCCUUGCAUUUGCCCACGCCUUCUCGCGCUGGUAUUCAUUUACUGGAGGUUCUUCGCUGGAUGCAGAAGCUAUAUGACGACAGUAGGCCCCCAUCGCUGUCUCUCCCAAUCUGAGAAUGCAGUAGACCAACGUUUAUUUCAUUUCCCUGAUUUCCAAAGUUUGGAACAACUGGUUUCCUUUCCGUUGCAAGAUCUAAAAAUUUCAUUGUCGAAGUUCAGCUCUUACAAAUACCAGUGGUUGGGCGAAUCUUUAUUUUUUGUUUAAAAGGGCGAAACCUACUCGGCGCCAUUUUCAGAUCAUAAAUACACCGGUUUUCAUGGCAACAGAGUAAAACAAUAUACUGGAGACACUGACGAGCAUUUGGAGCACAUAAGUGGAUUCAACCCAUAAUCUAAGUCAUCGGAUGGCAGAGACGGUCCUUUAUUAGCAGAUAGAAUCCACGUUCCAAAAUUUAGAAUUGAAGGUUCAACCCAUUUAGAACGAGAGGAACGGAAGACAGAGCAGCUGCUCCAGGCAAAAUUUCCUAUUUUUUUCAUUGUGCCUGCUUGAUUUAAACUUAGCUCUGACACUUCAUAGGUCAUAAAUUUGUACUUCCCGAUUCCCCGAAACAACCUUUGUGGACUAGAUAGGUCCAUUGGAGAACCUGUCUACAUUUUGUCGCUUGAGUUGUUAAUGUAUUGACUGUGGAGGAGAUGUUCACAAUUUUGCUCUACAUGAAACACGUCAUGGUCAAAUAAACCAAUCAGACCACUGGAUUUCGCUCCAAGUGAUAAAAAUGUGCUCCAGAAAGCGCUGGAUAGCCAAUCAAACUACUGAGCAACUGAAGGAAAAUCCAGCUCUAUAAUUGGUCUGAAUCUGCUAUCAUGAGCCAGUUGGAGAGCACUCUCUUCAAUUGGGGCUUUUGUAACGUUCUGUGUGUAACAGGGCUUCGAAAAAUAACUGACAACAAGGAUUUGAGUUUUUUGAAAGAGAGAUGACAAAACAUGUAUGUUUGCUAAUGUCUGUUAUGUAUGUCAUUUAAGGGAGCUGACUAUUUAAUGCUGUCAUUGUGGACGCUCAAGAACCCAAUGAGAUAGGGGUUCACUUUGGCCUGUAAGCAGGUCAUGUUAUUUAACAGAUUAAUUUCUUAUUACCAAGUUAUUCGGAAGUAGAAAUGGUACAGUUGUUAUUGUUGUUGUUGUUAGAAGCAAGGGGCAAUUCACUUUUUGAAAUAGCUUGCCAGUUUCCCUAAAAACAAGAUGAUUUCUAGGGAUUUUCAAAAAGAGCUAUAGGGUUUCAACCGGUGAUUUGCCCCUCAGUCUAGAGUGUUUUUUCAAGUACGGGGCUUUACUCCGAAUUCAGGAAAUUUUUGUGUAACUAUGAUAUUAUGAUUCUCUUUGAAUAUACAAAGAGAAAGGAUAUCAUAUAAUCGAUUACAAUUCUCCAUAAAUUGUCUUUCAAACUACCGUUUGUCUUCUUUCAUCUUAGAGAUAAUAAAAGCUAUUCACAAAUGAAGCAUUUGUUGAUUGA